AUGGAGACGCAGGAGGAUAGCAUCGACAUCGCGAAGCUGCAACGCGUCGCGUUGGGGCUUGAAUCUGCACCUUCGCAGCUGCAAUUUAAUGGCCUGGGGACAGUUGCAAACUUCGACUGUCGCCCGGAAGCCCAUCAAAAGUCACCAUUUUCCUCACCCGCUCAAGAGAAGGCUCGAAAAUCCCCGACGCCGUUGUCGCCUUCACGGUCAUCCUCGCGAUCACAUAAUGCCACAACUUCGAUGAACACGAAUCCAGCAUCCAAACCCAACUCUACAACCCCUUCUACGGCCCUAGUGCCUCCGUCUACGAAAAUGCCUUCGGUCGAUGCCGUUCCUUCGGACACGCAGGUCGUCUCUCAGUCAGUUUACGAUGAAAUCAUCAGGAAGAACCAGGAGGCUGCGGACAACGCUCAGGAGAGCAAUUUGGGUGAUCAGGCAACGCUUAUGACCCUUCAUGAAGGCGAUAGCGGACAUCUUGAUUUGCUAUCUGGCUGUGAUCCCCUUCAUACUGAUGCUGUCAACGAGGACCUUGAGGAUCAGAGUAGCUCGAAGCUGGGAGAAUCUUCGCCCAUGCUGCAUCAGCCGAAUCUCUUUCCCGAGUCGCAGCGGUUUCUGACAAAGACUCCCAUGACAGCAGUGAAGCGUGCCCACUCUGAGGGCCUUGCCACUGUGUCUCCCACGGCUUCGCGGAAUCCCCUUGCGGCCGAUAUCGGGUCAAGUGGUGGGAUAUUGGCACUAAGCCAGGUAUUUAGGGCAACUCAGGCUCCAUCAUCACCUCUAGUGAACGGCCAACAAUCCGACCCUAUGUCAGAUCGACCGUCUCCGAAUAUUCCCAUUCAGAGCCACCCGGUUGUUACAACGCUCUCCUCACCUUACAAUAAUCUCGCCGCAACUUUUCCACGUGACACGUCCGCCCACAGAUGGAACUACAUCAGCAUGCAGGAAUCUCAAGCCAACCGGGAUAAGGCAUUGCAUGAAAGAAUGACACGUUCUGCAAACCAUGUGUACUCGGAUCAAAGCGACGGGGAAUUUGAUAAGGAGCCUAGUUUUGUUGAGCGAAUGAGGCGCCGGAAGAUGUUUGACAACGAGGCUGAUGCUCAGCUGGUGGAGCUCACAGCCCCUGCGAGGCCAUCCAGUCGGCGUGGUAAUCAAGCGGACAUGAUGCUAAAUCCCGUAUCUGAAGUGCCUGAAGGCCCAGAUCUGACUGAUGGGUCUUCUGGAGAAGUCGGGGAGGUGAGAGAGCAGGGGUCUACCGGGCUGCAGCAUGGGGCGCUCAGCGAAGAAGAAACGGAACAAGAGCAAGAGGAUGACUUGGAACAGCCCACGCCACGGCCUUACGAUCUCGAUGGUUCAGCCGAGGAAGAUAAAGAGAAUUGCCACGACCUUUCCACAACCAGUGCUGCUGCUGCGAGCGCGCAUGACCGCCUAUCGCAAGCUCUUGCCUUGCAUGAAAGUCCGUGUCCAACCAAUGGAGAAGCGGUAAACGCGCGAGAAAGGUCGCUUUCGCUAUCUGGCAGCUUUGUACAGGAUGAGCAGUUGCAUGAAUGCUACUCCUCACAGGUCUCGGUCAUUAAGGACUCUCAGCGCUCCGCUGGUCGGAGGGAUCCUGGUAAUGAUGACACAGAGGAGCAAUGGACUGCGCAGCGCAUACAUCAGUCAGGCUCUCAGGCUCAUAUGGGCCCUUUGUCUAAUGUAGACAGAGCAACUCCAUCGCCCACAAAGCAAGUUCGUAUACGUUCUUCUCCCCCUUCAGCGUCCCAGACCAGCCGGCGAUCGCUCGAGUUAGGCUGCGCUCACUCGGUGAGCAGGCCUGGAUCAGAGCUAGGCAGUCCAUCUCGCUCCCAGACUCCACGGCCCUCGUUGGCUCAAGAGCAUAACAUGGAGUCAAGCAAUUCAGCUGUGCAGGGGGGCGCGGAUACAGGCAACGAACCAUCUACGUUGGAUCGACCCGACAAGUCCUCAUCUAUGCCCUCGCGCGUCGCCGAGACUCCUGUUGCUCCUAGGGCUUUUGCAGAAAUCAUACCAAUGACAAGCAUUCCGGAAACCAGUCCCAGCCGCCUUGGUCACCAAAGGUGGCCAAACGAUCAUAAUACAACCGAUGCAGCCGAUCAAGAAGAUGACGACUUGCCGCCGGUGUACAUGGAUGCGCAUGAACGGGGGUCUCGUUCUCAACCGAUGGCUGCAGAUAGCUCGUCGCCUUUGAAACCUUCCUCGUUCCAUAACUCAAAAAUUCUGUCCAGCCCAAGCGGCAGACAGCGCAGGGCACUGACGGAAAUCGCAGCCGAUGCUUCACCACAGAUUGGGGCUGGCUCUUUCAACCUUGACAUUAAUAUCCUGUCCGUUGAAGACCGGGAGUUCCGGUCUGCGGUUGCAAUGUCUCCUAUUCAGCCAAGGAAGAAGCGCCGCGGUAACGGUGGGCAGAGCUUUUACGCUUCCGACCCAGUGUUCCCUGUUACACCUCGCGCGCCUACUCAUGUCUUACCUUCUCCAGAGAAGGAGAUGCCACCUAUCACUGAGGUGGAGCCAGAGAAGCCGUCUGAGCCGGCCACCAACCUAAUGCCAACCUAUCGGAGACGGUCCAGACCUGCUAGAAGAGCGGAGAGUAUAUGGGAUAUGGAUGAUUCUACUCAGUAUCACGUCUCUCGUAAAGAGAGGUCUCGGCUUCUAGGUCGCUCACAUCCGGUAAAACAGGUGCCUGCUGAGGUUGAAGAGCAUGCUCCCGUUCAAGAAGAACUGCCUGCCGUUCACGAGGAUCAGGCGGCCAGUUCAAUACCUGAGCCAUCCAGUGAACCAGUCGCACCCCAACCAACAGACAUAGCAACUGAAAAGGAUCCAGUUGUGGAAACACCGCCUCGAGUUCAACAACCAGCUCAGCCUUCAGUUAGCCAUGAGAACGUACCUAUCGCCGUCAACCAAGUCCUUGCCCCAUGGAGCGGGCCAAAGCGCGCGUAUUAUCCUGCAACGUGCUUUGGCAAGCCCUUUGGCACAUCACAGUCGCGGUAUCUGGUCAAAUUCGAAGAUAGCGCGCCGCUUGAGAUACCCACUGGCGCGGUGAAACGACUUGAGCUGCGUAUUGGUGAUGGUGUCAAGGUGGACAUGCGCGAUGUUCCCAAGGUGACACAUAUCAUCUCUGGGUUCGCCGACAAGCUCACUUUGAGUGAUAUCGAACAGGGAGCUGCGAACGGACUGAUUCCUAUGACUGACGUAUAUGGAUAUUCCUCCGUUAUCUUGACACCGAAGCAGCGCAAAAGUCUCCCCGGCUCAGGACUAGCAGUUACAGAGAACAGGAUCACUGUUCCUAUUUCCCGAAUCUACCUAGAUACUAUCCUUUGGAAUCAGUUGAAAGACCGGGCAUUCAGCUACGACUCCGGGCCUGCUGUUUCCGAAAGUGGGCCCCAAACGCCAGGUGAUAGACACUCCACGCCCAUGUCCCCUGGCGCUCGACUCUCGCGCAGCUUCCGCUUUUCCACUGGUCUAUUUGCCGGUAUGGUAUUUGCGGUGUCAUACGGAGACAACAAUGAGGCCAAAUCACGAAUUGCCAGAAUGAUUCUGGAGAACGACGGCCGGAUUCUAGAGGACGGGUUUAAUGAGUUGUUCGAACUCCCUCCCAGUGCACCAGUUGCUACACCUACCAAGUCUUCUGCUCCACUCCCUAGUACCCAAGACGGCCAUCUGCGGCUGACUAGUGGUGCCGCAGACGUGGGAUUUGCCUGUCUGAUAGCCGACAAACAUUCUCGUCGGUCAAAGUACAUGCAAGCCCUAGCACUCAAUCUCCCUUGCCUCUCUGACCGCUGGAUCGAGGACUGCGUUGCCCGAAGACAAAUCCUCGAUUGGGAAAUAUACCUCCUCCCAGCCGGGGAGUCCACCUACCUCAACGGCGCGACCAAGUCUCGUUUCCUAGCCCCGUACCCUGCCACAGAGGCUCGACUGUCUGAGACCAUCGCCGGCCGGCCCAAUCUUCUCAACGGACAAUCCGUGCUUCUUGUUACGGGACGCAGUGGUCGAGCAGACGAGGAGAAACGCAAGGCGUAUCUCUUCUUGACCUAUGCGUUGGGUGCUUCUCGCAUCGAGCGCGUGCCUGAUCUCAAGUCUGCGCGCGCGAUCCUGAGUGCAACGCAAACGGAUGGAGUCGAUGGCACUAGCUGGAACUGGAUCUAUGUCGAUGACGAUGAUCGAGCCUCCUCCGCUAAGGCCAUGGCACUGGGUAGUUCAUUGUCGACCGCCGGUUCGAGGAAGCGUAAGCGGUCGAAGCUGAUGGAAUCUUUUGACGGCAAUGAGCUGGGAGUGAACAGUAAUGUCAAGAUUGUCGGCAAUGAGUUUGUCUGUCAAAGCUUGAUAUUGGGGAGGUUGUUUGACCAGUAA